CACAAACCCAACCAUGCUUGCACAAACAUGCCCCGCCCUCAUGACUGUUGAUUACGUCAGCUAGCUCACAUUGGUCGCCUCUUAUUUCUUAUGUUCGGUUGCACUGCAGAGAACGCCCAACGUGUCAGUCGGCAUUCAAGAUCUCCAGUAACUCCUUGCAGUGGACUGGUUUGAUCAGAUUAAACCCACCGCUGCUCAGAUUUAACCCCCCGGCAAUGGACAGCAUCAAAGACGGGUGGUUUACCGAGACAUGCACAUUAUGGCCAGGCCAAGCGAUGAGUCUUCAAGUGGAGGAAGUGUUGUAUCAUAAAAAAUCCAAUUUCCAGGACGUGAUGGUUUUUAAAAGUAAGACGUAUGGAAAUGUGCUGGUUUUGGAUGGAGUCAUCCAAUGCACAGAACGAGAUGAAUUUUCUUAUCAAGAAAUGAUCGCCAAUCUACCUCUCUGCUGCCACCCUUGCCCAAGGAAGGUUCUCAUCAUUGGUGGAGGAGACGGUGGCGUCCUGAGGGAGGUUGUCAAGCAUCCGCUGGUUGAGUCUGUUGUUCAGUGUGAGAUUGAUGAGGAUGUAAUAAAUGUCUCCAAGAAGUACCUCCCUGGAAUGGCAAAAGGCUUCUUCAGCCCCAAACUUACUCUGCAUGUAGGCGAUGGCUUUGAAUUUAUGAAAAAGAAUCAGGAUGCCUUUGACAUCAUCAUCACAGACUCAUCAGACCCUGUUGGUCCGGCUGAAAGCUUGUUCAAAGAGUCUUACUAUCAGCUCAUGAAAACGGCACUUUGUGAGGGAGGAAUUCUUUGUUGUCAAGGAGAGUGUCAGUGGUUGCAUUUGGAGCUAAUAAAGGAAAUGCGGACCUUCUGUAAGACCCUCUUUCCUGUAGUGGACUAUGCAUACUGCACCAUUCCAACAUAUCCGAGUGGACAAAUCGGCUUCAUGCUUUGCAGUAAAAAUCCGAAAACAAAUUUCCGUGAGCCAAUACGAGAACUAACAAGAGAUGAAAUUGAGAGCAUGAGCCUGAAAUAUUACAAUCCUGAAAUCCACCGUGCUGCAUUCAUCCUCCCAGAAUUUGCCAGAAAGGUACUAAGUGAAGCGUAAAUGGUUUCAUGGGUGCCAUCUUGUCAACAAGCUGCCUUCUGUGAAAGCAGAACCAAACCCUCAC